AUGUGGUCCCUCGGAUGGUUGGCUAACUCGAUAGGAACUCUAUAUGCAGAGCACGGAUGCGGACUCGGUGGAUUGAAGAUUUGA